AUGACACGCGCGCGCCGGCGGCGGUACGGGUCUGAGAGCCCCGAGCGUGAGUCCCCCGAUCACCGCGGCGCUUGUCGAUCGCCCAGCCCCGAGGUGAGUAUUCGGUUUUCACCGCCUCUGCGCGUCAUUCGCCGGAGCUUCGACGCCCGUUUGGCGAGCGGGCGAUUCGACAUGCCAUUCGCAGGCGCCGAGUUCUCUUCGCUGUCAGGGAGAGAGACGCCCUCUGCAGCUGCCCGCGCCGCAGGUUUCCACGCCUUCUCCCUCGGACCUGCAGCCACUGCAUGCGCGUGGGAGACGUCGGGCACCCUUUGCAACGCGCGUGGCCUCCCCUUUCCCCCUUCGACGGAGCCUGGCGCGUUGUCUCUCUCUCUUUUUCAGGGGCAUCGAGACAAGCGAGGCAGGCGAGACGAUGAAAGUCGAGAUCGGGAGUAUCACACGUUAUUCACGCCGGCGCCCCGCCCAGAGGACCGCUACGCCUCCUCGAUUGCGAAGGAUGCGAACGAGAAGUGGCAAGACAAAAUCGACAGCGUCAUCCGCCAGUCUCGACAUCUGUCGGCAGAGGCGCGGGCGAAGCUGGAGAAGCUGCGAGAGAAACGCGUCUUCGUGGGUUCGGUUCCGCCAAACGUGACGGAGGCGGAGCUCGCGGCAGUCUUCAAGUCCUUCGGCACGAUCAAGCGCGUGACGAUUCCUGCCACUGAAGAUGGGGCCCGCAAGAAUCACGCCUUCAUCGACUUCGAGACGACAGAGUCUGCGCAAACGGCUAUUCAAGCCAUGGAGGGCUUUCAGCUCUGCGGACGGCGGAUUCACGUGGCGCCAGCAGGGCCGACCGCACCCCGGCGGGAGCCGCCAAAGGACGAAGACGUCAAACGCGUCUCGCUGUCGAAGCGACCUACGACGGCCGCCACCGGCCUUUUCGGCGUGGCGACGUAUCAGCAGUUCGCCAGCCAGGCAGAGUCAGAGGACCUCGCGAACCCUGUGAAAGGAUCCCGCGUGGUGAAGGUCUGCAACUUGCCCCAGGGCUUCUCUGAGGCAGAAAUUAAGCAAGUCUUCGAUGUUUUCGGCCCUGUGAUGAAUCUCGAUCACUACCCACAUCGACGAGAAGCCUUUGUUCACUUCUUCGAGAAAAGCGACGCAAACACUGCGGUGGCGACUAUGCACGGCUUCAGCAUUGGAGGUAACACGCUGCAUGUGACGCUGGACGCGCGGAACGGUGUGGCACCCUCGACGCUUAUCGUCCUCAAGAACUUGAUGGACUUCGACGACCUUGACGACGACGUCAAAGACGAGAUCUACCAGGAAUGCAAAAAGCAUGGAAAGGUCGUCGAAGUCCGCGUGCAUGUCGUUCCUGACACAAAAGAAGUCCGCGCAUUCGCUCUCUAUCAGCUCCCCGAGCAGGCGAACAGGGCGGUGCGGGUCUUGAACAACCGGAGCUUCGCGAAGCGGAAGGUGAAGUGCGACUUGUAUGACAUGAGUGCGUACUCCAAGCACAAAUAUGACCUCUAG